AAACAAAGAUUAAAACUUGAUUCUUUGAAUAAUAACAAUGGAGUCGAGAGAAGUACAAGCUCAGGCAUCUGCAGGAAUGGGAUUUCAGCCCCAACAAGCACAGCCCAUGGUUAUAGGACCAACAUCUUCAUCCUACCCUUCCAACUCCACCUUCGUCACCUCUAAUCUCACCGCCAAUAUUCCUCCUUCUUCAGCUCAUUGUUUCUCUUUCAACCACUUGGCUUUACCGCCGUCUCAUAAUCAGUACCAUUUGCAACAGUUUCAUAAUCAGAAUCAACAGCAACUCAGGCCGUUCGAUUCUUUGAACUCCCUUGGGUUCGAUGGAUCGCCUCAAUUUCAGUACAACGCGGAACCCGGUACCAUGAGAAAGAAGCGAGGUAGGCCUAGGAAAUAUGCUUCCGACGGUGACAUUGCUUUACAAUUGGCACCCACCACCCCAAUUGCUACUCACUCCGCCAAUCACGGUGGUGGUAGUGACUCUUUCGGUUUGGGAAGUGUUGGUGCUGCGGUGGAACAGCCUCCUAGAAGGAAUCGCGGAAGGCCACCAGGUUCUGGAAAAGGACAGAUCGAUGCAUUAGGUGGAGUUUCAGGGAUGGAAUUUACUCCUCAUGUGAUCACUGUGAACGCCGGUGAGGAUGUAGCAUCAAAGAUUACGGCUUUUUCACAGCAAGGACAGUGCACAGUCUGUGUUCUCUCUGCAAAUGGUGCUGUCUGUGAUGUUACACUUGGCCAGCCUGGUGGUAUGGAAAAAUAUGAGGGCCGACUUGAAAUAAUUUCUUUAUCAGGUUCGUUCUUGGUUUCCGAAAAUAAUGGUAGUUGUAGCAGGUCUGGUGGAUUAAAUGUCUCGUUAGUUGGGCCUGAUGGACGAGUAGUAGGUGGUGGAGUUGCAGGCAUACUACGGGCAGUAACACCAGUUCAAGUCAUUGUUGGCAGCUUCAUUGCGGAUGUGAAAAAACAGAACCUAGAUGUUCUAAGAACUGAACCUUCUUUCAUACCAACACCGAAUAUGCAGAACUUCGGGGCACCAGGGACCGCAGGUAGCUCUCCUCUGCAUGCUGGCUCAAGUGAGUCCUCGGGUGAAAAAGGUGGUAGCGCACUUAAUGGAGGGUCCGAGUUUUAUAACAACUCGGUUCCUCCAUCUAUGCUUAAUAACGAUGUUCAAAUGAACUCACAUUGGACCGGCCACACUCAACAAUGAGGAUGCUGCUUUCUGAAUUACCA